AUGUCCACGUGUGCCGUGUGCUUCUCCGGCUUCUUCUCACCAGCCUCCUUACCGGACCGGGGCGCGAGCAUCUCCACUCAUUUGCUGAGGCCUCUUGGAGCCGAGGCACACCUUGCACUCACCACCCAAGCAGGCUGGUUUGUCCGCAAGCUGGAGGGCACCCCACACUGGGUGCAGAUUGUGGAGCUGUUCAACCAAACGAGCCGCGGGCAGCCGGGCUCAGGAUGCACGCGGGACGAGCGCAUGGAGAUCACCAACCAGUCUUCGAAAAGCCCUUACUCGUGUCACGUUCGGCGCAUUGUAUUAACCCGAAAUGUGGAGAACGUCUACCUUGGGCCACUCAUAGGAAAGUCGACGGAGCACAACCUACCCAAAUUGCUGGCGCUACACAGCUGCAUCGAGCAACUCGUCCGCCACGAAGAGCACGUGCGCCGAGGCAUACGCUACGAGCAAGUGGUGCAUUCGCGGCUCGACCGUGUGUGGAUUGCCUCCCACCCUCCGGUGGCCGUUCUCGAUCCCAAAUACGUGUGGAUCCCAGGGGGUCAAGACUACCAAAGAGGCGUGUGCGACCGGCACGCGUUCAUGAACAGGUCGUCGGCCCAUGUCUACUUUCGGCGAUGGGACUUCCUCCUUGACGGGCGAGUCAUGCGCAUUGACAGCCAGUUUGCAUCAGGGCGGCUGAAUUCAAUGCUACAGAUGAACGAUGAGAACUACCUUGCUGACAGUCUCGCAUUCUACCGCCUUCCGAUCCGUCGCUUCCCGAGCGCCUCCUUCUUGGGUUGCUGCCCGCCUUCGCUCCAUUCGUGCUUCCGUAGCCGAUGCCUUCAACUGCAAGGGCUGCGAUUGCCGAGGAAGGCACAGGGACUGUGCGCGGCGAGCGCCGUUAACGAGACAUUCAGCCCUCCUGUGGGUGGUUCCCGUCUGCUGCGAGUCGGUGCCAAACUCGGAAUAGGACGCAACCACUUGUUGGCCGCUCCAGAUGAAUGCGAAAGGCACGUUGGCACAAAUGAUCCGGCUGCGCUGGUGGCGGCGGCGCUAGCGAACAACUACUCAAUCGCCGGCAAGUACCACAUGGAGAUGCACUGGGGCGUGCAGAUAGCGUUCCUGCUCGAGUUUCCAAGUACAAAAUGGGUAACCGUUGCUGUGGCAGAGCCCAAGCACUGGCCACGAGUAGGUCUCGGAGGGGUCGGCUUGCGAAUCGAUGCGCGGACGCACGCCACGCUCAUGAAGGUUGUGGAACUCAUCGUGCCAUGGUCGCCUCCACUCUUUUGCACAAAUGCCACGACGAGUGAGACGGUAGCAGAAGAAGAAUACUUCACAUGCCGCUCGCUUAAGGCUGAUUGGCUAGACGAGCGGCCUACCUCCAACGGGGCGGUCUGGAUCACGGGGGAUGACAUCCUGCCUCCCGGCACGCCGGGAGGAGGUGGCACCGCCGCUGGGGACGACACGCUGCGGAAUCGGAUCGAGCCCAUGCACCGGGCAAAGAAGGACGCUGCAGAAGCGGUUGGAGAGGCAGCCGGCGUCUGCCGUCACAACGAGUCCCAGCGCUGGUUGGACAUGCGCGUCGGCUCGCCCGAGGACUGCUAUCGCGACCCUCCCGUCGUGCCGCAGCCUCCGACGAGCUCUGCAACCGAGGAGGGUGCGCCUCCCCUCACUGCUGGCCUGGCUGCGCACCGCCCCACAAAGCACCCCCUCGAGCAUCUCUACAAGUACAAGUAG